UGGCGCCAAAACCAGUGUCUUAUAUUUUCUCCACAACUGCCCUUGCCACUAACACCGGCAAUUCCAGGACCGACUCAUUCCGAUGAACAAAACGAAGAAUAAUCUCAUCGAUCGAUUUCGCCACCGCCAACCACGAUUCCAUGAACCUCCAAAACCCGAAUUCCACACCACUGAAGAUAGUGGUUGCCGCAAAAGAACGAAAUCUACAAUUCCGGAAGAAGAUAACCAUAAAAGCUGCAGACUAGAAGGCUCUUACACACCGCCAAAAGGAAAAAAGAAAAUUAAAACUGGUACAAAUGAUCCCAAAACUUCUGAGUAUGCUUUCUUUAAGAAAUUGAAGCAGGAUGCAGGUCUGAGGUUUAAUUCUCACCGGCCGGUUCAAAAAGAUGAUUCCUUACCUAAGGAGCCUGAACAAACUGAACAUUGCAGAGAGAGGAUUGAUGAUAUCAGGGUAGGCAGUAUGGGUUUCAAUGCUUCGAGGACUGUGGAGGGCAUAUCAACUGUUAAAGCUGACACAUUUUUCUCAACACCUGAUGUGAAGAAUAACUCAGAUUUCCACUCUCCUAGCAGAAUCCAGAAAAACUCUCAAGGUUGCAGUGACACUUUCAAGCCCCAAGCUUUAUUUUCGGAUGAAGGAAACCAGAAUGUGCAUGGGAAUAUCUUCUGUCGAAAGAGACAGAAAUUACGUCAGUGUGUUGCAGAUACAUUAUUUCUUAAUAAAGAGGAGUUCUCUUUGAAAGGGCUUGAUGAUAUUGUCUCCAUGCUCCUUGGUCGGCUAUUUCCUGUGAGCAUUAAGGAAAAUGUACGUUGCUGUAGCAUUUUUCUAAAGCUAUACAUUCCUAACGUGAUUUGGUUUCUUAAAAGAAGUGGUUUUCUGUGCCAGAAAUAUGAGGAUCGAAAUCCAUGGAAAAAAGUGAAUACUGCCGGAUAUGGUUUCCCUGAUUCUAGAGAAUCAGAUUUACCCAAGGAACUUGAUCAAAUGACUUCAAGGAAACUUGUUGAACAAUCAAGCUCGUAUUUUAGUGAUAAUUUGUUGUCUCCUAUGUUACUGAAUUCUGAUGAGAGAAUUACCACAGAGCAUGCAUUUCCAACCUCGAAUUCUCACAAGUUUCGACUUCCUUAUAGUACAACAGAACCUGAAUACAAACUGGACAGAAUUCCAAGUUUCAGCACCAAGCAUGACACAACUCUUGGAUUUCCAUAUAAUGAAGGAAUGAAUGCUGCUGGAUAUGGAUUACUUGAUUCUCAAAAGUCAGAUGUUCAAUUUAAGGAACACAAUCAGAUACCUGAGACAAGACUUCUUGAAUACGAAUCAAAUCCAUGUAUUAGAGAUUACUUGAUGCCUCCUACUUUCCUAAGAUCCAAUGAAAGAAUUUUUCCAAAGGAAUUUCCAACCUCACAUUCACACAAGUUUCGACCUUGUAAUACAGAUGAACCUGAGGAUAAAUUUGACAGAAUUUCAAGUUUCAGUUCCAAGUAUGACAGUGCUCUUGGAUUUCCAUAUAAUGAAGAAACGGAUGCUGCUGGGUGUGGUUUACUUGAUUUUCAGAACUCAGAUUUUCAAUUGAACUAUAAGAUAUCCGAACCAAGACUUCUUGAAUUCGAACCAAAACCAUGUAGCAGAGAUCACUUGUCUCCUAUUUUCCUAAGAUCGAAUGAGGGAAGUGACUUUCCAACCUCUCAUUCUCACAUGUUUCCACCUCUGUACAAUAUGAAAGAACAUGAGGGUGACUCAGGGAGAGUUCCAAGUUUCAGUGACAAGAGGAAUGUGACACAUGAGUUUCUGCUUUAUGAUCAAGAACAUGACACCUUUGCAUUGAAUCAUUACAAAGAGCAGGGGAAAUUUAAGAGAGAACCAAUUCCUCUUCUGCUAGAAAAUGGUUUCGACUGCCACGCAGACGAAAUAAAUUUGCCUAUAGCUUACACUUCUCCAGAACCAGAUUUAGUCCCUUCAUUUUCAACUUCAGGUAAAGGUGAAAACCAGAUGUGGAUGAAUAUAUUAGGUGAAUUCAGGUUUAAGAAAUACUUUCAUGAAGAGGAGGGCGACAUGGACUCGAAUUCCAAUCACGAUGUUUUACCAAUAUCACACAAUAAGCGCCAUUUUACACUGUCAGCAGAUUGCCAGAAUGAUAUUAGUUCAAAUGAUCAAGACGGUGUCUUUCUUCAGCCUUAUGAGCAUUGGAUUAGACGAACAGCUUACAAUGGUUACCAUCAUAACCGUUCUGAUUCAGAAGCUCGGCUUUCAUCUUCACUCAAUUUCAUCUCAGGUCAGAAGCUAGGAGUAUCCUUAACUAGUUCCCAUUCAACUUGCCGAAGCUCAAAUUCCGGUGAUUUUGAGCUCCCGCAAUGGGAAAGUAUGUCUUCUCCGUUACACAUUAGUGAUAAUUCUGAGCCAGAAAUGGAUGGUGGAAAUCACAGGGAAGUUCUUUAUCGUUUUCGGCACAGUUCGAUUGAAAUACGUAACUCUACUUUUCUUCAUAUGUCCAUGCAAAGAGAAAAUAAAUUUCCCUUUCCUCUUCAUAGAAAUGACUGUAUCAAUGAGCUAGAGCAAACAGACUAUGAUCCUCUAGAGUCUAAACACUCUUUAGGGGGUUUCUAAUCAAUGCUUACCUUAUAAUUGUU